AUGAAGAUGAUGCUUUCGUACCAGAGUCUGUCACUUUUACUGGGUUUUUUCUCAGUUCAAACGAAGGCAGGACGUGAAGUGAACAUAGCAACUUGGGGCACACCUGUUCAGUCGACGUUAGCUUUCAACUGGUAUCCCUCAAACGCUCUGGAUGGGUUGAGCUCUACCUGCACUCAUACAACUGUACAGAGUGACCCGUGGUGGAAGCUGGACCUGAUGAAGACGUACAGCGUUAACAGAGUGACCAUCACUAACAGACUGGACUGCUGUAGCAGCAGGAUUAACGGGGCAGAGAUUCGGAUUGGAAACGAUUCUUUAGAUGUUUCAAACAAUUCAAUAUGUGCUGCAAUUCCUACUAUUCCAGCAGGAGCUACCUACAGCUACUCGUGUUCUGGGAUGGAGGGACGUUACGUUAUUGUGGAUAUUCCUGGAGCUUCACAGAUUCUGACUCUCUGUGAAGUGGGAGUCUAUGUGAUUUUUCCAGGUAAUUUGGCGACAGGAAGAACCGUCACACAGUCAUCAACCAUUAGCACCUGGUUUGCUCAACAAGCUAUUGAUUUCAAUCCAGGUUUCGUCCAGCCAUCAUCAUCGUGUUCCUCAACCACUGCUCAGACUAACCCAUGGUGGAGGGUAGAUCUGCGUUAUAUUUACAGAGUAAGUAGAGUUGUCAUCACAAACAGACUUGACUGCUGUCCAGAACGAAUAGAUGGAACGGAGAUUCGCAUCGGGAAUUCUUUAGAGAACAACGGCAACAACAAUCCCAUAUGUGCUGUGAUCUCUAGCAUUCCAGCUGGUGUUUCCUCCACCUACACCUGUAAUGAUAUGGAGGGUCGAUACGUGAAUCUGUUCAUUCCUGGAGAUUCAAGGUUUCUUACUCUGUGUGAGGUGGAGGUCUAUGGAGAAGGUCCAGUGCUGAAGAAGACCUUUCUGAAGAUGAAACUGAAGUCCAGUUCGAGUCUGUCUGAAACUGAAACGAGAGUUCAGCUCCUGUCACAGCUUCAGUCUGCUCUGGUGGAACGAGGGUUUUCUGACAUGACGCUGGAAUGGUCUCAACCGCCUGAAAAGGAAGUGAUACGAAAGGAACCUUCACCAGUGAAGAAAAACCCUUUCACAACAUCCAGCCAAGAGAAGAAGAAAGGAGGCAGACGUGUCUCUGUCAAAGUCUACGAUCAAGACAUGACUUCACAAGAACAAAUACAGAGGAUUGUAGAAAGAGGAUACAGAAUCCAGUUUGGUUCUCGUCUGCCUCGUUUCAACAGGAUUAUUCCCAAUGUAGUGGGCCCCGAGCAGCCUCUGGAAAUGAAACAAGAAGCAGACCCACUCUUGAGGAAAGGGGCCAUUGAAUGUGUUCCUCCUCUCAACCAAUGGCUUUGGUUCAAGAUGCUCACGCAAGCAGCUGACCUGGUGGGACAUCAUGUGCUUGGCCUCACAGUCAACACAUCGGUGGUCUCCGACAUCAACUGA